GCAACGACCCCUGUCUGUCUGUCGGUGACACUUACAGUCAUUACAACAACAUCCACAGCAAGGUGUCUGAUGCCCGAGCUUUUACCGUUCAUGCAACAUUUUCAGCCGUAUUUUACUUUUUCUUUUCUACACUGGGUUUACGCUGACACUGCAGUCUCCAUGUCAUAAAUCUUUCUCGCUUGAAGAAGGGCUUGUCUAACAGGUGGCACUGACCUUCAGGGUUGAAAGGUCAGACAUUGUGAGAGUGAAGCCCAAUGGAUCAUGGUGGUCAGUUUGAGAGGGAGGGCAGAGUAAUGUCACACGUUCCUGUGGGUGGGGUUGACCUCUGUGAUAACCUACCCAACCCUGAAGCUCUCACUGCCCAAACUCGAAACCUCAAUGAGACGAACUCACUUGCACAGAGUCAAAGUCUUUCUCCUUCACAAGAUGAAGAGGGGGCGGGACGCAGGCUCAUCCAAAAAACCUCUUCCAACAAUAACGGGAAGGACGAGGAGGGGGAACAGGGGAAGGAGGGAUACACAGGACGAGGCAGAGAGGAGGAUCAAGUAGAAGACAUUGAUGAGGUAAUGAAAGAAGAAGAAGAAGUGGAGGACUCAGAGGAAUUAAGCGGUCUAAUACGCUGCCAGUCUCCAGACACUCCCAUGACCGAUUCUUCGUAUUCAGAAACUGGCAGUCUGUUGGAGACUCCAUAUCCUUUCAGCCCUGGAACCAGUCCAGAGCCUACCUCCCCUGUCGUUCCAGGGAUCAGUCCAGAAACUGCACAUCCCAUCAGUCCUGUGGAAUUCAGUCAGAGUGAUGUCAAAGUGGACUCUCAUAUGUCCAACACUGGAUCAGUUGCCUUCACCACAGGGCCUAUAGAUUCUGCUACACUAACUGUAACCUCAGAUGUAAGGUCCACCAGCCCCACUGGGCCUACAUGUAUCACAGAAGCUACAGACAGGAUAGCAAAAAAUACUGACUCCGCUACAGAACAUUUUACCUCGUCUACAGAGCCCAUCUUCAGUCAUGGGCUUGCCAGUUCAUAUACAGGACCUAUCACCUCAACUGCAGAGACAUUUACAGUAACUGCUUGCACCACAAGGCUCAACAGUUCUGUUGCUUCCACUCCCAUGAGUCUAACAACAGGACCCCUUGCCUCCACCACAGGGCCUACGACUACUGGAACAGAAUCCACUUCUACCACAGGACCUAUAACCUCAAAUUGGGAACACAUUACUUCCAUGCCAGUGCCCACUUCUUUCUCAGUCUCCACCUGCGCUACUGGGCCUAUUCCAAGGCCUGCUCUGCUGGAGUCUCUUGAGCAGUUAGCACAAAGAGGAGAUGACACUCACUUUCCACAUUACCUUCACCAGAUUGCCGAGGCUUUUGUCCUUCAGGAAGACUACCAUCGGGCAUUAUGGUGCAUCCAAUUAGAGAGACUCUAUCACCAGAGAGUUUUGGACAACCUGAAUACACUACAGGAGCAGUGGGAGAGUCAGUCUAAAAUGACUUCCUCCGACCUGGCAACCCAACAUCUGGACACUCUUAAACAUAUCUGCCAGACGCACAGUCGACCAAGGGCUAGAGAUGCUGUGUGUGAAUCUCUGGACUUUUUGAGGCCUACACUCGAAGAAGGUGGUGCACCGGCUUCAUGUACUUUAGCCCAUCAGGUUGACGGAGGGAUAGAGCAGAGAGCCAAAGACUCCUCCCGCUCUCAGAGCAGUGAUCCAGUCAUACCCUCCAUUAAUUUGGCUGAUAGGCUCAUUUCCCCUGAGACCUUAGAAAAGGACGGGGAUGACCCAGACAGGGAAUUAGACGUGAGGGAUGGUUUCCAUGGAUCUCAGCUGACUGACAAGCACCGCAGCAACAGAGAGGGAAGAGAGGCAGAGGGAGGGGUAGGACAUACCAUUUCAGCCAUAGGAAAUGGUCUGCACCCCUCUACAGCUGGAGAAAUGGAUCAGUCCAAGCCUGCAGAGCAGCAGGGAGGAGAUUUAGGUCCAGCAGAGGGAAAGGAGGCAAAAAGGGAAGAAGAGGAGAGGGACGUGGAGGAGGCAGCAGAGGCUUUAGAAAUGGAAGAUGAGGGAGAGGAAGAAGAAGAGGAAAAGCAGAAGGAAAGAGACUCUGCUUUUUGUAGGAAAGCUCUGCCAGUGGAGACCCUGGUCAGUGGGGCAGAGGUGGGGGCACAACAGCUGCACCGGGAACUACAUGAGGAGACACAGGAGAGUGCUAAAACCUGCCUGAACCAGGAGGCCUACCUUCCUCAGGAGGCUCAUAUAAAGCAACAGGAGCAGCGUGAGGAGGAAGAGGAGGAGGAGUACGAAGUAGAGCAAGCUGACAUCAUUAGAGAAGCUGCCUCACUGGACGACUUGGCUAAACUCAUCACUGUAGAGGAGAUGUCUCCUGCUUCUGGCCUGGUGUCCAUAUUGAAGAAGCGGAGUGUGUGUGUGGACGAUGUGAGCAUGCCUCCCAGUUCAGAGCCCCGGCCUGACAAACCCACUGCCAAAAGACGAGUCCACUUCAAAGUUCCUGGAGAUGACUAUGAGCAGGAUGUUGGCGGUGGGGACUCCUGCCUGCUUCUCUUCCUGCUUUGUCUGGUUACUGUAGUGAUCAGUGUGGGUGGCACCGCCCUUUACUGUGCUCUUGGAGAUGCCCACUCCUCCGUCUGUCAGGACUUCUCCAGAAAUGCAGACUUCUACAUUGGCCAGAUACAGCGCGGGAUAGCUCAUCUCCAACACUGGUUUGCCCCCGCGUCAUAGCAGUAAACAGUUUGUCAGCAUUGUGGAGCCCUUGGCCUUACCGUUUAUCGCUGUAGUUUCCAGCAGUUCCUGCUACUUCCUGGGACAAUGUUUUCCGAGGUAAUAGUGCCAGGAAACUGCUACAGUCCCUGCCGCCAUGUGGAGUUUGUGGCCAUUAUGCUGCCUAAUUGGUUAAAUGAUUAUCCAGAUAAAAUUCCAGGGUUCACUGAGACAAAAAGUCAUAGAUCAGAUGUCCCUUUACAACCCUAGUUUGAAAGAUAAAGAGCAGAAGAGGAAGAAGUCACCUAUAACCUUCUCACCUCUGUCCAGAUUAAAUACGUCAUUAAAUCUCAAACUAGGUUUAAAACUUUGAUGUGAUGAAAUGCUGUUAUUGAACGAGCUAAGAGCUGUCUCCAUAUGCACGUUCACUGUCAGCAAGUUUCAAAAGUCACUGUUAAGUAAAUCAGCUAUGACUGAAAACAAACCCUCACUGACUCACACUGGACUCCAAAGAUGUAAGUCAUCUCAGUUAAGAAUAAGAUCAAGAUAAUAACAGCUGCAAUCCACAGAAAUAAAAAAGAAAAAAAAGAAAUAUAUAAUGUAUAGUUUGUUAACUGGGGGCACAGGGAUGCUCUCUCCACGCACUGCACAAAUGGGAAGUGGCCCAAUGGGUAUUUUACAAACUGCUGCAACCACUGGUGUUGCUUUUAUUGUUGACUUUUUUAAAUCACAAAUGACAUUUUAAAAUGAGCUUACCAUUCUGUGGUCCUCUAUUUGGAUUGAAAUCAUUAUGUCUUAAUCAUGUCUUAAACCUUUGAAUGAAUGUUUGGGGUUCAUUGUUAAACUUUGCUUUGUGUCAUCUGUGGGGCAUUUAUACAGUAUAUUGUCAGAUAAGAGAUUGAAAGAGUUAUUUUGGUAUUUAUCAAAACUGAGCUGCUAAUGGACAAACAGGCACAUCAAAUAUGUCCCAUGGGGGAAAGUUACACAAUUUCAUUGCAUGUAACAAUUGUGAUGUUAAGUAAUGUGAUAAUUAGUUGCUGAAGAACUCUUAAGCAGCUGUACAGCUUUACUCCAUAUGUACUUUCCCCCUGCACACAUUUGACAUGAAUGUCCUGUAGCUGCCCUUUUCUGUGUAACUACCGACAAUGGACUUGCAGCAAGCUCAUGUGGCUGCCAUUGAAGAGUAAAAGUAUCUGUUUAUGGGUUUCAAUGAGCUAAUUUUAGCUUUUUGUAGCAUAUGCAACAUGUACAGGAACACAGUGCACCUUUGUAUAUAUUGUCAGAAGAAUGUUUAACAUGUUGCACAUGAGACUGGUACAAUUUUAUAUUACAAUAUUUCAACACACGUGGUUCUGUUUGUCCUCAACUAAACAUAUCUUUUACAUGAUUUGAUUUGAUUUGAACAAAUAUCCACUGUUUUCAGGUAAAGUGUGAAAGGUUCAUGUCAGUGAACAUUAGUUAUGCACAGAUCGGUUAACAGAAAAUACCCAAUUGUAAGUAUGGAAUAUUUCAGUAAGAAAAAAACAAUAACUGAUUAAUGAGAGAUAUACAAAUGUUGGAAACUAUACUUAUUCAGUGCACUUCAUCAAUACCGCCUUGAUAUUGAUUGAUCAUUUAAAGUGCUGUCAGUCCAGCUCUGUGUGUUUGCUGUUUUGGGGGAUUCUGGGCACCAUCCUUAGUUUGUGACUGUCAAUACUUUCAAUGUCAAAUUUGUUUUUUUUUUUUCAAAAUAGAUUUUUGGUACUUAGAAAGGUUUUGCCACCACUUGGUCUUUUUAAAGACUCAUCUCGAAAACAUUUGCCAUUAUUGUUAAGCAUAUAGUACGUCUAAUGUGUUUACAUUUGCUGAAAUUUGAGCCCUGGUUAGAAAAAAAUAACCUUUCUUUGUGUGGAGAAGUUAUUUCCUUAUCAAACAGGGAAAGGUUUGGUCUGAAAAAAGGCUUACACUUUAUCCAUGAGAGCAGCCUUUUAAAUGUCUUUUAACUCUUACUUCUAAUUGUUUGAAAACAGAUUUUAGUCUUAGUGGGGGCAUUUUACUGCUUAACCUCACUUUUUGCCCAGUUAGACAUCCAUAGUUUUUAUGUUAUUGCAACAUAUUGUAAUGUUUGGUUUCCUGUUCUUUAUUUUUCCUUUCAUUUGUUGUUGUAGUGGAUGCGAUAAAAAAUGCCCUAGAAAAACCACAUAUCUUAAAAAGAUCUUAAUUGUCAGCAAGGAAAGAAAGAAAGAAAGAAAGGAAAGAUUCAAGUGUCUUACCUAUGCAUUUUAACGGAUUAGGAUAAAACAGUAUUAUCUUUCUCUUAUGCUGUGUCACUCAGAACCUGAAAAUUCAUUUGAGAUAUGAGGUUUUCCCAGGACAUAACGAAUAGUAGAUUGAGUCUUGUUUUUAUUUGCACAUGUCGUCUGGCUGGUUCAGAUGACUAUCUUUCAGAAAACCUCAAAUUUACUCUUUAGAUGGUUUUAAUUAUUUAUAAUACUAAGGAUGUCAAGUCAAAGUGGUAAAGAAAAAAAGAAAUGCAUCUUUUGUUUUCUGAGCUGGAUUGUUGUCAUCACACAUCAGAUAUGUUGCUCAUUUCUUAUAUCACCAUUGUUCUUAAGGAGGCUUUGACAGAGAAUUUGAUUUCUUAUUUUAUAACCUAACUCUCCUGAAUACCAUUAUCUGGCUCAUCGAUAUAUGUUGUUUAUUUCCAUUUAUUUUCACUCAUCGGUCCCUAAUGAUGAUUUGAAACUGGUGAGUUUGUGUUGCUGCUGUCAGUAAUGUCAUCUUCACACACAGAUGGUUUGUGUUUCUUUCAUCUGAAGGCACAGGAUAUGUUUUCAUUUGUUUUCCCUAAUUGGUUUUUAGCAGAACAUUAGAAAUGAAUGAAUGAAAAUGAUUUUUGUGUGAAUCAGUACUGUGUACCACUGUUAUCAGCCUGAUGAAAGGUGUUUUAUUAA